GAAUUAAUAAUUCGUCGUCUUCGAGUUCUGCAACAUGAAAUUCCUCGUAGCUGUGUGCCUCCUCGCGGGCGUGGCUCUCGCCCUGCCGAGCCGCGAGCGUCGGGACUCUAGCGAACUGUUCUUCAAUCUUCCUGCCAACGCCUCGCUGCUUCUCGGAGGAAUCAACACUGGUUUCAGUUGCGGCGAUCUUCCCUACGGCAUGUACGCUGACGAGGCCAACAACUGCGCCAUCUUCCACGUGUGUCUGCCUUACCUCGACAGCGACACGUACGUCACCCGCCACUUCUCCUUCCUGUGCGGCGAGGGCACCAUGUUCGACCAGGAACGGCUUAUCUGCGACUACCCCGAGAACUCCAUCGCGUGCUCUGAGUCAGUCAACUACAGGAGGUCCAACGAGUACUUCGGUCGCGACGUCAACUUCCUCGAAUAGAUAUCCACGAUGAGAACUUCACUUAGUUAUUUCGGCGACGUUUCUUCGUGAUGCUCCGUGAUGCCGUGAGACCAAAUAAGAGUACAAUGCACAAUUUAUUCUUUUACUUUAUGCCGAACGAGUAUCUCAUCAGUCUAAUACACGCUUUUGUCCAACAAUAA